UCACGGACCUCUCUGCGUAGGCGCGUCUCAAGGUGAUAGCAAUUAUCAACCAACAUCAUCCUUUACGAAUCUCUCACUAACCUAUUUGCUUUAUGGCUCUUUGCACACGGCGUACGAUAGCAGUAGCAGCACCGCCUUAAGCUAAGCUCAACUGCACUGAACUCUCGUCUCAUGGCCUCCCCAAACCCUCUGGAUCUCGACAUCACAAUAAUCUCCGCUAAACACCUCAAAAACGUAAACUGGCGAAACGGUGAUCUCAAACCCUACGUCGUUUUCUACGUCGACUCGGACUAUCGACUUGCCACUCGGUCGGACGACUCGGGCUCCACUCCCCCCGUCUGGAACGAACGCUUCACUCUUCCCAUGACUCGCCCCCUCCGCGAGUCCGCCCUCUCGCUCGACAUCUUCCACUCCAAAGUCUCCGAUACCCCCAAACCCCUGGUCGGCUCGCUGAAGUUCCCUCUUGCUCACCUGGUCAGUUCGGACGAGUCGACUGAGUCCUCCGUACGUAAUCUCGAGCUUCUCCGCCCAUCUGGUCGUCCGCAGGGGAAAAUCCGCUUGAAAAUCGCUAUCAAAGAACGGGUCGUACCGUCUCCGUGUCAAGAUUACCAAUAUAUCGCUGAUUUUAGCCAUUAUUACUAUUCUGCUCCUCCUCCGUUUCCUUCUCCUGUUCGGGAUUACGGUUACUACUCGGGAUAUUACUCUCCUCCAGUGACGGUGCCGGUGCCGGUGCCGGUGCGGGCGCUGUUCGGCAGAGCCUCGAGUUACAGCUUCCCAAGCGGUAGUGUCCCGUCGGCCCCUGUUGAUUAUUCGACAUCGAACGAUCAAAAGCAGCCGCCGUUACCCCCUCGAUCGACGUACGGGGUGUCAGUUGGCACUGGGCCUUCGGCUCCAGUGGAUUACGCGCCAUACGAGCAGAAGCUGCCAAAGGAGUUUGUUGGUCUGAGUAAAGAAGAGGAGGCUAACAAAAAGGAGGAGAAAAGGGCUGAGAGUGAAAUGGGGCCAAGGGGAAGUUACAGUUACAGUGAUUACCGCCAUGAUUAUUGAAGUAUGUUUUGUUUAGUCAUUGACGGGUAAAAUAUAUUUGGAAAGGUAGAAUUUAUAAAUUUUAUGGCUUUGAUGAAUGAUGAAUAUACUCGCAUAUAUUUUGAUGAAUGAUGAAUAUGCUUGUAUAUAUAAUAUAUGAUAGACUUUCUUUUACAGGUUA